UGCAGUGUGAGAUAAGACUGUUGCAGCUACACAAAGUCCUGCUAGAGGAUUUGCGGUCUGUCAAUGAGGAACUACCGGCUGAUCUUCUGCCACAACCUGAAGCAGCCAUAGAUGAUUCAGUGGUUCUCUGGCCAGGGGAGGAGAGGAUAGGAUACACUUUCACUGCUGCACGACGUGAGGUCUUGGCGGGUUCGUGGUGAGGAGGCGGCCAUGAGGAAGAGCUUGUCUCUGUUGCCAGGCAAUGAGGGCGGGAGCUCGGCCGGCACCACACGGGUCUUUGGUGUCCCUUUGGAUGAGGUGUCUCACACACAGACAAUAAGUGGCCACGAGGUUCCUGCCCUGGUCAAACACAUUGUCGACUACAUCGAGGAACAUGGUCAUCUGGACCUGGAGGGGCUCUUCCUGGUUAAUGGCAACGCAGAGCGUGUGGAUUGGCUGCGUCAGCGCUAUGACAGUGGUGAGGAGGUGGAGCUGGAGAAGGAGGCUGACCUGGCGUCAGCGGUCAGUUUGCUGCGGCUCUUCCUGCAGGAGCUUCCUGAGCCCGUUAUACCAACAGCGAUACAGGGACACAUUCUACAGCUACACCAAGAUUACAGCAAUGAGGAAGAGCUGUGUAGAAACCUGAAGUACCUGCUGCAGCAGCUUCCCCAGCUGAACUACGGCCUUCUGCGUUUCCUGUGCCGCUUCCUGGCCAGCGUGGCAUCCCUUCAGCAGGAGAGCUGGAACGUCGGGGCGCUGGCCGCCGUCUUCGGGCCAGACAUAUUCCAUCUAUCAUCAGAAGGAGAGGACCUCAGGGACCAGGAGACUGUAAGCAGAGUCCUGGCAGAGCUGCUGGACAACCAGGAUUACCUGUUUGACUCAGAGGACGAUGAUGUCUCCACCACCAACGACUACAGCUCCAUCAACGAACAGAUCACCGAGCUGUUGGACGAUGAUAAGUGUGAGGCGGAAUGUGAAGAGCUCCCCCAGGACGAGGAGGAGGGUCCCGCCUCCUCCGACUCACCACAACACAAUCACACUGACGAAAGCCCUGCAGCCAGCUCCCACCUCUCCCAUAUAUCCAUCCUGCCUACUGACUCUGCUGAGAUAAUUCAGCGAACCAUCAGAGCUGCAGUGGAGCAGCAUUUCUUUGACCUGAAAACCUCCAUCGACCACAGCCUCAGCAACUAUGACAGCCAGGGGAUGAGUCCCAGUGAGCCUUCAAUCGAGGGCUGCCAUGGAGAUGAGGAGCAACAAACGGACCCCGAGGACACUCCCUGUGACACCAAAGGGGAAACCCCACUCAAAGAUCGCGAGCAACACAUGCAACCAAGCCAGACGGACACACAGGAUUCACUGGACUCUGACACUUCCCCGGUGAAGAGCUUGAGAAUGGACAUGGAGGCAGACGCUGUCAUAGAUGCUGAGAACAACAUCAACAAUGCCAGGCAGGACAAUCAACCCUGUGACUCCAUGGACCAGACUGACACUGUAACCUGUGACCCGAGCUCCUGCCGCUGUGAUCAGAACGCCAACACCAGCGAGACCAACAGGAACCACCUGUCGCCAUGCCAACCCAACUCUGGCCUCAAGCCCCACCUCCAACUCUUUCCUGACAACCAAUGGGAAGCAUCACCCCCCUCCCAUAUCCAUCUCCCUCCCAUAGAUUUCUCAUGUAUGCAUCUUCAAAAAGAAGGCCAUGACCCCAUCCCGGCUUACAAAUCCUGGCAGGAUGAGAGCGAGAGCGGAGAAGCACAGCUCUCCCCGCUGGCUGGUCGCAUGGUUCCUCUCCCCCUACUGCCCCUGGAGGAGGACGGCGAGGACGAGGAGGAGGGGGAGGUGGGGCAGGACACCUCCCCUUCCUCUUCCCGCUCACACCCUCACCUUCUUGCUCGCCGCUUUCUCGACUUCGGAGCGCACAGUGCCCAGCGCUUCCACCAGCAAGACCCAGACGCCACCUCGCCCACCAAAGCACAGAGACCCCGUCGAGCAUCAUUUGGCUCCAAAGAGGCGAUGAGAGGAGGAGGAGAUUCAGUCACCCACCAACUCACCAAGAAGCUACAACACCUGAAGAAGAAAAUUAAGCAGUUUGACGAGCAGUUUGAGAAAGAGAGGAACUACAAGCCCUCUCAUGGAGACAAGGCAGCUAACCCCAAAGUCCUCAAAUGGAUGACCGACCUCACCAAGAUCCGCAGGCAGAUUAAAGGACGCCAGCACCACCUUUUACCCAGAAGCACGCUGAGGCACCAGGCUUUGCUCCAUUCACACAGACGCCACCAUGCUCCCUCCUCCUUCCCUUCCUCCUCCUCCUCUAUCUGCCCUCCUCCCCAUCACACACUCACCCCCCCACGCCACCCCCACUCAGGCCUGAACUCUAGACCGUUUCACCUCAAUGCCAAACACCGUGCAGAGAGCGAGCUCGGCCCUCUGACUCGUCCUCGGAGCAACACCUUGCCAAAGAGCUUCGGCUCGACACUGGAUCAAGGCACCCAUGAUGCAGCAGGGGACGCUAAAGGUUCGCAUCCCACCAGGGAGGAAACACUGGAGAUGAUUCAGUGCAGGGUCAAAGGGAAGAAGCAGGAGGACGGAUGGCCCGAUGACAUCAAGAAGAUGACCAAGGAGCAGUUGUCCUGUGAGAAGACGGUCCUGCAGAAGAACCUGCUGCACUAUGAAGGCCUGCACGGUCGACCGGUGACCAGAGAGGAGCGUCUGGUGGUGAAGCCGCUCUACGAUCGCUACCGCCUCGUCAAACAGAUGCUCACCAGAGUCACCAUCACACCGAUCACAGUGUCCCCUUCCAGUAAGAGACGGAGUCAGACCCUCCAGCCAAUCAUAGAGGGAGAAACUGCUCACUUCUGGGAGGAGAUCAAAGAGGAGGAGGAGGAAGAGCAGAAGGGAGGUGGUGGAGCAGCAGAAGAAGAAGAGAAGGAGGAGGAGAGGGAGAGGGAGGAGGAGGAAGAUGAGGAGGAGGAAGAGGAGGGAGAGAGCAGCGGUGGCGAGAUGCAAGGCUCCGAGGUCAUCAUGGCCGUCGACCUCGUGACCCCGAUCGACAGGCAAGGGAGGAGCCAGGACCAAUCAGACCAACAGAGCGACUGUCCAAUGAGAGCCAAGCUGGAGGAGGGGUCGGGGCGGCUGGCGCUGGACCUGCGACUCUCCAGCUCCAACGCUUCGUCCAUGCCAGAGCUGCUGGAACAGCUGUGGAAGACCCGAGCAGAGAAGAAGAAAAUGAGGAAGACCAUCAGAGAGUUUGAGGAAGAUUUCUAUCAGCAUAAUGGAAGAAACGUUCAGAAGGAGGACCGCGUGCCGAUGCUCGACGAGUACCGAGCGUACAAGAAGAUCAAGGCCAAACUCCGCCUCCUGGAAGUCCUAAUCAGCAAACAGGAUUCCUCCAAAUCCAUCUAGACCCGCCCUCCUCGGCAGCUGCCAAAAUCAAUCAACACACAAAUCAGCCGUCAUCACUGCUGCGAGGACCCGCCCAGGAAGACGCCAUCACCCCCACGAGGGUUCCAUCAGACGCUCCAGUGACCACGGGACGAGGUCGUGGUCGCUGCUCGGUGCUGCAGUCACGUCACAGAGAAACCAAACGAGUGAUGAGUCGGACAGGAAGUUCUGAAACACUUUGAUUUUACUUCGACAGUCGGACGAUUUUCUGGAAACAGGAUAUUUUACAGUCACAUUUUAGGGACUUUAGACCGAAUCUGUUCAGGAACCAAAGUGAAGUUUUGGUUUUUAGUUUUUAGUUUGUCGUACUUUCUGAUGACGCUUUAUUCCGACUGAAACCCAACACUGGAUGUUGGUAUCAGUAUCACAACGAGGGAGGAGAAUUUCUUCCUGAAUGCUCAAUAUUAUAUAAGUAUUUAAUAAGUAAAAUAUUUCAAAUUAGAACUAUGGCCCUCAAGCCCUUAAGAAUCCACAUUUAAAUCAGCUCACACUCAUUUCGGCACAUCGGCUCCAAACGAGUUCUUUUUCAUGGGUUUCAUGGGAAUCUGUUCCGUAGCUUCUGCUUCAAACAAACCAGCAGACACAUAUUCUACUAUUUAUUCUAAUUUGCCAAAUCUCUGUGAGUUUUGUGGAAUAAAAUCCCAACUAGAAUUAGUAACAAUACAUUUUAACAGCUGAGCAGUUUGUGCUCCUCAAAGUUACUGAGGCUGUCGGAUGAGAAGUGAUUUUUGGCUUUUUGAUUAGAAAAGUCUAAACGGCUCGGUUUUAGUUUACGAACUCAAAACUCGUAUAAGCUGUUUUCCUGUGACACGACUGCAGCAGCGCCCCCACCAGGCCAACCUGGAAUCACUCCAUUCAGCCACAGCUGAUCUCUGCUGCCUCCCCUGACGUCAUAUCAUCCAAAACACUUCAAAAACACUGUCUUCAUCGUUUGUCUCCUCAUCGUCAUCCCACCAGCUCGACGUGAGACUUUGCACUUGACUCGUUUCUGAUUUCCUCGUCUUCGGAGGAAAAGUUCAAAAAAAACUUCUGACUUUUUUUAAUUUCAGGAACUUUCGUGUCGUCAUUCUUUGUUCUCCGCGACGUUUGUUCCUUCAGGCGGAGGAAUGCUAUGAGACGGCUCCAGGACUUUCAGACCCUCUCCACUCAACACCGACUGUUUUCGUUUGGGACGUCAGUUCCUCUUCAGCGUCGCGUCGGGGGGGGGGGGUUUCAAACCUAAUCUUAAAACCUGCCUCCCUACUACGAAGCCAUCGAUUGUUUUAUUGUGAAACUUUAACAUCUUUCACCUUCUGACUGGGUUUAACAUUUAUCCACUAAGUUUAAAAAACAAGUUUGUUCUUGUUAUAAAAUCCAAUGUACACACGUUUGUUUGAGACACCGAUGUUCACGUUGAAUGAAAAAAGAAUCUGUUGCGUUUCAAGGGAAAAUGUUUUAACUCCCAGUGAUUCUCCAUCUUCCUUUUCAUUUCUUUGUUCUUCAGCAUUUUUUAUUUUUUUUACCUUUUUGUUUCAGUUUGGUCAGAAGUUGUUCAGCAGGUCGGCAAAAGGUCAACUUUCCCAUGAGCCUCUUGUGAAAAUGCUGCUUUUAAUCUGAAGCCUGAACUUUUAAGUUACAUGUUAAAAAGCAGAAUUAAACUGGAGAGGUUCACAGGAAACAGUCGUACGGAGAUUAGGAGAUUUAGGAGAUAGUGGUUUUAGAAAUCAUCUGGAGGAUUCUGCACUGGUUAUCGACGUUAAAGUUGUUCAGAGAAAGAUGAUGAUGAUGAUGAUGAUGAAGACGAGGAGCUGCUGCUUCUCUGAAAAACCCAAAGCGUGUUGGUUCCAGGUGGGACCAGGUGUGAUUUCCAGCUUCCUGAGGGAGGAGCAGUGACUGAGCAGCGUCUGGUUGGUCCCUGGUUGAGAUUUUUAGCUUUAAAGGAUUUAACGUAUUGAUGAGCACUGAUUUUAAACAUCUGUGGUUUAACUGAUAUUUGUUUCCCCAAAACGCAGAAGGUCUGAAUAGAUUCAUUAAUGUCACGACACAGAGAAGAAGUCAAAGCCGGCGUGUUCGUGUCCUCGGUCCAACCUGCAGCUCCAGUGAAGUUUCAUUUCCUGCGGGCAGGUCAAAUGAGGGCGGGCGAGGGGGGGAGAGAGAGUUUGUCAUUGUUCUUCUUCUUUGGUGCCGCGUCGUCGUCGUGUCUAAGAUCCGAGUCCAGAUGUCACAAUGUGAUUUUUUUUAAAGUGGGAAGAAGACAUUUCCAAACAGUUGCUACGUUUUGGCUUCAGCUGGUGAGAGUGUGAAGCGACCGUUCUAUUGUCAGAACCGAGUCGCUGGUAAACUGGAAGACGAGACUUCAUGUGCUUUUCUUACUGUAUCGUUGUAGAUUUACCUGCCAGAGUCCGAGCGAUUGCAGCCGGCCACAGACUGGGGGGGGGGGAGAAAGUUUUGAAUGAGACUAAAAGUUUGUGUUUGAUCAAAACGAGGGGGGUGUGGUGUGUGUAUCGGCACGGUAAAGGAGGUCAUUUGUAAAAAGACGUUAUUUGCACAGCAUUCACAGAAUGCAGCCCUGUUGUGUUUAUUUUUUUCUUUUUCAUUUGUAUUUCUAAAAAUGAAGCACUACUUCUAUAUAAAUAUAAAUAUAUCCUGUACAUAAAAAAAAAAUACACCCGAAGGAAUGAAUGUCAGAAAUGUUUAAAUUAUUUCAAACAUUGUGUUUGGCUCCCCCUUUUGGUUAUAAUUAUAUUUGUGAUGCCCAGAGAAUGUUUUUUUUUUUUUUGUAUUAAUAUCACUAUGAAUACUACUAUUACUAUCAUAACAGUUGUGUGAUGAUUCCGAUGAUAAUAAUCCUUUUGUAUCUACUCACUAACUGUAAAAACCAGCUGUAGAAGUUAGUCUGGCACUGUGUGUGUGGCUAAUCCAACAUGAACCUGCUCUGUUCCUUCUUCCUUUUGUCCGUGUGUGUAAAAAUAUGUUGAUCUAGAAACAGUACUGUAGUCAGCUUGCAUGGCAACCCAGAACAUGAUAGUGCAAAAGAAAAAAAUCUAAAUAUCAUAUAUUGUUUCUGUUUUUUUGUGCCAUGAAGACGCAGCAAUAAUAAAACUGUGUGGAGGUUUUACAGAA